AUGGCAUGCAAAUUGCUCAUCGGAGAAAAUCUGCAAGAUGGCAGCGGACCCGACGCCAGCAUCGGAUUUGAAGUCGACUGUGCAAAUAGAAAACGCAGGGCUGGAAGACUGAAGCGCAGGGCUGGAAGACUGAAGCGCAGGGCUAGAAGACUGAAGCGCAAGGCUGAAAGACUGAAGCGCAGGGCUAGAAGACUGAAGCGCAGGGCUGGAAGACUGAAGCGCAGGGCUGGAAGACUGAAGCGCAGGGCUAGAAGACUGAAGCGCAGGGCUGAAAGACUGAAGCGCAGGGCUGGAAGACUGAAGCGCAGGGCUGGAAGACUGAAGCGCAGGGCUGGAAGACUGAAGCGCAAGGCUGAAAGACUGAAGCGCAGGGCUGAAAGACUGAAGCGCAGGGCUGGAAGAAUGAAGCGCAAGGCUGAAAGACUGAAGCGCAGGGCUGGAAGACUGAAGCGCAAGGCUGAAAGACUGAAGCGCAAGGCUGAAAGACUGAAGCGCAGGGCUGAAAGACUGAAGCGCAAGGCUGAAAGACUGAAGCGCAGGGCUGAAAGACUGAAGCGCAGGGCUGAAAGACUGAUGUGCAGGGCUGAAUGA